AUGGCUGAUCAUCUGAGUUCAUGCACGGACCGUCUCGUAACAUCUGAAUGCUUAAAUUCAGAGAGAGGAGGAUCCAACGAAUCUUCUGGAGAAAGUUCCAGAGCUCAUCAAGGCAGCACAAGCCUGCCUACUAGUAAAUCUAUGGAUGCCAAAACCGACGAAGACGCAAGAGAACAAGACGACGUCGAUGACGAAGAAGAACCGCUUAUCCAAUCUGUUGAGUGCCGUAUAUGUCAAGAGGAGGAUUCCGUUAAGAACCUCGAGUCCCCUUGUUCUUGUAGUGGCAGCUUGAAGUAUGCUCAUCGAAAGUGUGUUCAACGUUGGUGUAAUGAGAAAGGUGACACAAUCUGUGAAAUAUGCCACAAGCCUUAUCAAUCUGGCUACACAGCUCCUCCUCCUCCUCCUGCUGAUGACACUGUAAUUGACAUCAGUGAAGAUUGGACCAAUGGUGUUCCUUUAGAUAUGAAUGACCCGCGCAUUUUGGCGAUGGCGGCUGCAGAACGCCAUUUCUUCGACGCGGAAAUCGAAGAUUACGCUGAUUCUAAUGCAGACGGAGCUGCGUUUUGUCGCUCCGCUGCUCUUAUCUUAAUGGCGCUUUUACUGUUACGACAUGCUCUCAACCUAACGAACAACAACUCAGACGAGGAUGAAGACGAUCCAUCAGCUUUCUUCUUGCUUUUCAUGCUUCGUGCCGCCACUUUUCUUCUCCCCUGUUACAUAAUGGCUUGGGCUAUUAGUAUAUUACAACGCCGGAGACAAAGACAGGAAGCAGCCGCUCUGGCCGCUGCGGAAGUUGCGUUUAUGUUACACAACGGCGGUGGAGGAGGACAACGUAGAGGAGGACUGCACUUUGCUGUAGCACCUGAGCUUAUAUCUAAUCCACAUCACCACCCUGAAGCUUCACCGCAAUGA